AUGAGGAACUGGUUCUCUACUACUGACGUUCCCAAACCGAGAAUAGCACCACAGUCACUGCAAUUGCAGGCUGACGAAAGACCGAUUUCUCCAACACCUGGAACUUCAGCUGGCGGUGGACGUAUGCAUCACCAAAACCACCAGAAGUAUUGGCCAUUUAAACUACCUAAACCAACAUCGCAAGGUAGGCAACAAAUUGCAGCCGCAAAUUUACAACACAAGGCGAGGGAAGCGGCCAACGCCGCGCCCGCGGGACGCACCGCAGCAGGAAACCAGCACUUCACGCCGCUCGCCGUCAAUCAAGUGGACGAUGCUUCGCCGGAUAUAGACGAGGUAUCAUUUUCGGGACGACAUCAGUACUUUGCCCAUUAA